AAAAAUCAAUGUCCGUGGCGCCUAAGUGAAUCUGUGGUCAAAGGGAGCUAACUGCAGCACCAUCUUGAGUCAGAAGAUGGUUACCUAUCUCCCUUGAUUAUGAUACAGAAUUAUAUGUACAUGUAUUUUUGCACGCCAACUUUUUGGUCUUCAACCAAUAUUUUCUAGAGAAUUCUGUUUUUGUGCUCGAGCUCUUGCUUCUCACUCGACCACCAUACUAAAACCACUAUGAUACACUACACUCACCUUUGAAGCUUUGGGGUGAAAAAAAAAGGGGAAAAGCUUUGUUUGCAUGUCGAUUUCAAGCAGCCAUGAAUUUAUACCAUUACUAAGUAUACUGGUGUGGAAUAGGGAAUAGACAGUAUAUAUGUCUAAAUAAGCCAUCAUCAUCACCGAAAAUGCUUGGGCAGCAAGGAGCAAGGGAAAUAACAAUAACAAACAACACCUGACAGUGAUCAAGAGUUGCAUCCCAGAUUUAAAAAAAAUAAAUAAAUAAAAAAAAAAUUUUAAAAAUGGAAAAUUUGUUCUGCGCCUAGUUAAUGACUUUAAAUUAGCGCAAAAAAUGUAAAAUCAAAAUUAUUUUUUUUACAAUUAUAUCUCAUUAUUUUCUUUCCUCUUAAUCAGUGUUAUGAGCCAUGUGUUUAGUGAAUUCCGUAAUCCCUCCGCCCACCGCAACGUGUAAGUGCGCGUUUGUUUGAAAAUGGCGACUUCCAUUCAGUUUCGUAGUUUCACCUGACUGUCCGAAGGUGGGGUAUUUCGGGCACACCAGUUGCAGGCUAAUGGACAAAUGAUAGCCGACCUUAUACCGAUGGGCCCAGAAGCACGCUGGAUAUCAGUCUAAAACUUUCGAGAUGGAACCGGCAGAAGACCAUGGCCUUGAGUUCCAGGACAGUUUUGAAGUUGCAAAUGUAGAAAUCAGUCAUCGAUUACAAGCAGAGGGCCUAAGUUCACAAUGUGAUGAAGGAGAGAAAUUGAUGUACAUAUGGAGAUUGUACAAAAAGCUCGAGGGAGACCUGCAUAAAGCUCAAGAGAGUGAAGAAAAGCUGAAAGAGGCACAAACAGAAGAGAUGCGGGAAGUAGAGAACUAUGUCGAGCACAUAAGGCACCUGUCAGAAGAGCGUGAAACCCUUAUUCAAGAACUGGAGACUGAAAAUGAACAACUGAAAUUGGCGCUGGAGCAGCUGCAUCCUGAACUUAGUGAUGAGGCCCAGAAAGAAGCAGCAGAAAUGCUUACACAGCAGGGUUUGGCAGAGAUUGCUAUGGCAACUCCUAGCGAACAGGUGGCCUAUUUGCUGGUGGAGCGAGCUCGCCUUCUGGAUGAACUAGAAAGUUUGCAGACUAAACCUAGCCAAACAGAUGCCCAUGAAGGAAGUGAAUCCCAGGAACUGAAGGAUAUUCUUGAGAAGGAGCGCAAGGAGCUAGAACAAGCAUUGACUCAGCAGCGAGAGAGUGCCACCUUCAUGAAGGAAAAGCUUCGGCAGGAACACGAGGAGGAAAUCAGUGCCCUCAUGGAUGAGAACACAAAGCUCGAGGAUGAGCUUGCAGAAGUGAAAAGACAAGUCACACAGCUGGAAGCACAGAUUCAUAGAUUGAAAAAAGAACAUGCUGAAGAACAAGACCUUCUUGAGGAAGAGAGAGGAGAAAUGGUGCACGAGAGGGAUGUAGCAGUUAAAGAGAAGAAGAUUAUUGUGGAAAAAUUUGCACUUUUAAAAAAAGCGAAAGAGGAGGCUGAGCUGAAGAUAGACUCUUUAGAGAAAGAGAGAGAAACAUGGAGAGAGUCAUCCAGGGAAGUCCCAUCAUCUCCCUUGCCAAGUCCAUCUCCAAUGCGAUCAUCUAAUGAUGUAGCACUUCGUAAAGUGAUUGAAGAGAAAACAAAGGUUGAGGGGGAGAUAAUAACUCUUCGCACGGAAAUUCGAUUGCUCAGAAACGAAAAAGAGAACCAAGAAGAAGAGGCAAAGAGGGCAAAAGGUGAACGCGAAAAGCUGCAGGUCACCAUACAACAGCUGCAGCUGAAGAACAAAAAUCUUCGGCAGGAACUAGAGGAUGUGGAGGGACAGUUAGAAGAAGCAGAGACUGCUGCAGAGGAAGCCAAGAAAAGUCAAGAAGAAGUUCAAAAGAAGUACGAGGAAUUGUUGGCUGAAGUGAAGACAUUGCGUACUGAAGCCCAGCGUUGUACAACCCUCCAGGACAUAACUGACAUACUAACCAAUGAGAAGGAGCAGCUGACAAGCACCUUGGACAAAGUGCGGGUGGAGAUGAAAAAGGUUCUAGAGGAAAAAGACAUCCUGAGCAGUCAAAACCUGCAUCUUACAUUAGGAGAACAGGAACUGACAAAACAGGUUGCCUCCCUCAGGGAGGAGCUGUUUACUAUGGAGAAGGAGAGAGACGAGGUGUUUAUAGAGAGAGAUGAACUGUUAACUACACAAAACACCAGGGAAGGUAUGCUGUCCAGUCUACGCAUGGAAUUAAGUUCUGUUCAAGAUUUUUCCCAUAAGGCAUCCAGCAUGUCUGAGCAGCUAAUAAAGGAGAAAACAGAUUUAGAGCAAGAGCUGAAACAGACACGGAAUAGUCUUGAAACUGCCAAGCAUGCAGAGCAGGAACUUGCAAAGCAGGAGCUGAUUGUCAGUCACCUCAAAGAACAAAAUGCUAACUUAAAUGAUCAGCUUACCAAACUGCAGUCACAGCUUGAGUGGGCUCGCACCACUGAGAAGAGUUUCAUAGAUGCACAGCAAUCUGCACAAAGGGCACAUGUGGAGUCAGAGAAGAGAAUGGCAGGUGAAGUUGAUGAUUUGAGACUAAAGCUCCAGCAUGCACUUACUGAGCUCCAGGCACUGAAAACUUCUUAUGAACAAGAGUCCGCUCAGCGAUCAUCUUUGUCUCAGCAGCUUUCCCUCACAGAGUCUCGUCUUCUUGAGUCUGCCGAAGUGAAGAACAAUUUGGACAAAGAGCGCAUGACCAGAGCAGAACUUGAACUGAAAAAUAAAGACUUGGAGAGAAAACUUGCUGACAAAACUCGAAUUGCUGACAGUUUUGAAACUGAGAGAAUGCAAAGGAUAGAACUGGAGAGAAAGAUUAUGGACUUAGUUAACAAUCACUCAGUAGAGGUACAAGAGCUUCAAUCAGCAUUGGAGAGAGAGAAAAAUCAGCGGUGUACCCUUGAGCUAAAGAUUCAGGAGCUGGAGCAGCUCUUAGAUGAUGUCAAGGGGGAUAGUGAGACAGUUCAGCAAAGCAUGAAGGUGAAGAUUACAUCGCUGGAGAAGCGAGUACAGGCCUUACAGGAUGACCUAUUUAGUGCUCAGGAUGAGCUUCAGACCUACCAGCAGAAGUACGAAGAAUCACUGAGAGAAGCAGAGGUUACCAGGUCAGAAUUUGUGAAACAGCAAGAAUAUGCACAGCAACAACAACUGCAGUUUGUCAGUGAAGCAGUCAGCAUGGAGGAGCUGAAAUCAUCACUUGAAAGCACUAGCACCAAGCUGCAGGUCGUGCAGAAUGAACUGAACAUUGCCAACACCAGAGUUCUUCAGCUGGAAGAACAGUGUGCAUCAGACAAAGUUGACUUGAGAAAAUUUCAGACGGAGGCCCAAACUCUCAAGUUUCAGCGAGAGGUGGAUGCUCACAAGCUGCAAGAAAUGGAAAACUCCCUCAAAUCACUAAAGCGUGACUUAUCAGAAAGUCAGAGUGUCCUUAUGCAGACAACAUCUCAGCUGCAGAACAAACAGAUUGUGCUCGAUUCAGUAAAGCAUGAAAUGGAUGCACUAAAUCAUGAACUUGAACGAGUGCGAGAGAGCACCAGGCUAGAUCUGGAGGAAAAGUCACAGCACACUGAUAAGCUCCGAAUGCAGGAGCUGAAAAUACGACAGCUGGAACAAGAGAAAAAAGACAUGAUCAAAAAGCUCUCAGACUUUUCCAGCCAGUGUGAGGAGUUAAAAGAGAAACUAAAAAAUGAGAAAGAUCGAAACACUGACUCAUACCACCAACGAGCCAGAUAUGUGGAACAGCUAGAGCUGGACCUUGCGGCAGCCAACAAGCACAUCAGGUCAUUGCGUGAGGAACUUCAGCAGCAUCAGAGCUCAGUUUUUAAGUUGCAGGCUGACACCCUUGGGCAGUCGGCUAAGUUUGGGUCCACAGUUGCACGACUUGAAGCUGAAUUGAAAGAAGUGAGAGAUCAGCACAAAAGAGAGACAGAUUCACUACAGGAGAGACUAUCCAUAGCAAGUACAGAAAGUCGAGAAGCCAAAAAUGAAGCCAUUGAAAAGGAACAGAUUGUCACUGACCUGCGGCGGGAGGCCCUCCGCACACAGAGCACCAUUGAGAGGCUGCAGGCUCAGCUUCUGUCACAGUCAAAGACACAUGCUGAAAUGGAGAAUAGGAAUACCACACUGGAGCAUGAAAUGACCAAGGUAUGGAGUCAGGUACGAAUGUUGAGGGAGCACAAUGCUGUUCUUGAGAACAAACUUAAAGUGGCUGAAGAGGAACUGGAUAGGAAAUCUGUAACAAUGAAGCACUUGGAGACUUCAGUUUCUGAAAAGGACUCAGCCUUUCAGAGAUCUUUACGAGAAUGGCAGAACCGAGCUGAAGUAGCCGAAAAACGGAAGCAUUCUUCUGAUUCUGCAAGACAAUUGGAGCAAGAGGUCUCAGCAGUAAAUGCCAAAGAGGUGACUGUAGAGAAGCAGCUUCAAAAGGUGGAGUUAAGUCAAGUAGAACUGCAUGACAAGUCCAAACAACUUGCUAGCAUUCGCAACCAGCUGGAGGGAGAAAAACUUCAGAGGACCUUGUUAGAACAAACAGUAGCAGAACUGAAACAUCAAGUGUCACUUUUAAAGCAGCGCGAGAAUAAGGCAGCAUCAGAAAACAAAGAGUUGCAGCAUACUAUCAUUGAUCUCCAAUCUCGCCUGAGCUGUUUACAAGAUAACAGUGGCACUGCCUUCCAGACACAACAGCAUCAAAAGAUUGCAGAAGUUGGGCGACAGAACCUGAUGGAUCAGAUCUCAGGCCUUCAGCAUGAAGUCAAGUCCUUGAAAUAUGAACUCAUGUCAAGUGGUGAGAGGCGUGACCUUGAGUUCCAGCAUUAUGAGGAACGCAAACAACGCACCAAGGCAAAACUCAUGAAAGCGAGAGAAACCUUUACAUCUGAACGCUCCAAGUAUCAUGAGCAUAUGCAGCACAUGGAUGAGGACUUAGAGCAUACCAGAGCUGCUUUGCGAAAGGAAUUAGAGUGGAAAGAAAAGAUGGACAAAAACUACAAACAUUUGUUGCAGGAAAAGCGUGAGCUUAUCACUCAAAUGACAGAACAGGAGGAGAUUAUCCGCGACAAGUCUCGCUCACUCUCCGUGGUCGAAUCUCGCAUCAGCUACUUGGAGAACGAGAACCGCCAUUUGCAGAAACGAGUAGAUUCUCUCACAUCUCAGAAACAGACUUUAGAUAAGCUUGUGAAAGACUUUCAGCAGAAUAGAGAUUUGGAGUUCGAAGAGCGAAUACAAAGCGGUGCCUCAGCCUAUAGUGGUAGAGCAAGCAGUGGCCAUGACAGCUCCGAGGAUAUCUCUUGGGAGCAGGAGCAGGCUGAAGAUGGUAGUCUUCUCUUUCGACAAGGCUCAUCUUUUUAUGGUACUUCUGUCAACCAGCAAAGUCACAGAUAUGAGCAGAAAACAUCUAACACAGCUGGUGCUAAGGUCAAUGGAGAGCAUUACCAUCAUUUCAGACACCGGCUGGGACAAGUUCAUCGAGGCAACACCAAUGCAAUUGAGCUAUGUAGCAAUGAGUGGAAUAUAAGUGAUAGUAGAGGUGUUGGCUAUGAUGAAUUUGAAGCAUAGUGCAGUGGCACAGUGGAGUAAGUGCUUUAAUGGCCUUGUGGCAGCAAAGAAAAUUGUGAUCAGAGUUCGGCUUAAUGUGAGAGUUUAGUUUGCAUUGUCCAUGAUGGCUUAGUGUAGAAAGCAUAUAUAUUUUAAUUUGUGAUGUUCUUAACAUUACAGAACAGAGCAUGCAGCUAGUCUCAUUUGGUUAAUAGAAGUUUUUUGGGAUAUUUUGAGAUAUGGAAAUAGGGUAGACUAUGUUAAUUUAGACAGUGAAGUAGGUUUUGUUUAUGCCUGAAUCAUUCUUAAUAGACUUCUCCAUUUAAGAAGGCUAAAUAGUUUCAUUUCAAUUUAUUUACUUUUAAUGCUUUGAUGCUGGGCGGGUUGUAUAAGCAGCCGAACCUGUAUUUUUAAAAACCACUUUAUAAAGUGAACAAGAUUUUUGCAUUAUAAUGUCCUAUUGUUGCUUUUUAUUUCAACCCCACCCUAACCAUGACCACAGGAAUGCUUUCAGUAAAGGGCUGCAAAAAAGUGAUGCCUAUUUCAAAAAGGUUAUCAGAAUAUUGACAAGUGGCACAUUGCUUUAGUUUGCAGAGCAGCUUUCUAGACGAUAAACAGAACUGUUCAUUUACUUACAUUCCAUAUUGUGUAUAAAUAUGUACUCAUGAUGUAUUAUAUUUUGAGAAUAUUUUACCUCAUUUCAAAUGAGAGACCUCAGUAUUGCAAAACCAACAUAUUUCUCAUUUAAUUGUUGGUUAUCGCCCUUGAAGGAUUACCUUUACCAUUUGAAGACUAUGUUGUCUGCUGUUGGUUUUUUUAAUAUCAUUUCCGUCCAUUGAAAAUGUAAUGCCGGCUAAAAAAUUACAAAUUUAAAAGUAUAUAUUUAUGGGUAUUUAUCAUAUUAGUCCUUGUGAAAAACUGCAGUUUCAGACCUGAAAUCAUCUUAAUACAAAUAUUUUUUUUCAAAUGUUAUUUCAGAAAGUCCCUUGUGUAAUAAAUGUUUCUUACAUAUUAUGUAUACACUAUACACCUCUCAAGAUAAACACCACUGGAUUACUUUCUUUAGCAUAAUUUGUUCAUUGUCAAAGUCGUACUUUCAUAAGGAGAAUAAAGAAUUUAAGUAUUAUACAUAGUUUAACAGAUGCAACAUUCUGGUAUAAAAUUAUUGAUUUUCUCUUAGUAGAAACAGACCUAUUUUGUUUUGGACGUUUCAUUUGGGUCUGUGUACAUGUUUAGCCACAUUGGUUGUUUUUAAUUAUUAUGCUAAGAGACAAUGGGUAUAGAUACUGGUGUGCUAAUGGGUGGGUGCAAUUGUACUGUGGGACUGGCGACAUCAAGAGCACACAGAAGUCAAUCAAACCAUGUUAACUCUUUCAGCUUUGAAAUUCUUGGUCAUCAGCUGAAAAAACUUUUUUUUUUUUUUUGACUAUGCAUGUUCAAGCAAACUGAACAGUUAAGGUAGCAAUUUCUAAGAGAGCUGGUUCCAACACUGACUCAAUCUAGAAGAAAAACACGGGAGAAGGUAUUAUUAAUAUUAUUUUUCAUUGUUUCGAGUAUUGGAAGUGGUGAAAAAUAAUUUUUAACAACUUAGCGUAACUGUGAUAAUUAAGACAUGCUGUCUCAUUUUUAUUCUGCCCUAAUUCAGAUAAGAUUUCCAGCUUAUGCAUACCAUAUAGAUAUAUUUACACACAUAUACACAUUGUUAAUUUGUGAUCUUUACUCAAGCUCUUCAGAAAUCAGCAUGUCAGUACAUCAGGAUUGAGUUAAGCAUAUGUUCCUACCAAUGUUUGUUCUCAUUGGUCAGUACAUGAGAGAUAGGGAGAAGGGGUAAAGGGAAGGUUAUUGUGGAGAGGAAAGAAGAGAGAAUCAUUAGCAUUGUGUAAGAGUGCACUAAACUAUGACACUCCUUACAAUUGUUUCUUGCAAUCAUUAUUGCUUUUCAACACAACAGCCUUUGGCUUUUUAAUUUUAUUGUGGACCUUUACCUUGUACAGUUACAAAAUAAUUAACCUUUUUGUUACAAGUUUAAGAUCUUUUCAGAUGUAUCUUUGUGCUGGUAAUUAUCUUCAAAGAAAGAGCUAACAAACUCAAGCAUUACCAACAAAACAAUCAAAAGCAAGCAAUGAACCAAUAUACAACAACGAAUAAGAGAACAGAUUGCAUGUAGCAAGGUGAGAGAUCUUUCUUGAAGUGCCUUAUGCGUUACAUAUAGGAUUUGUUACAGCUUGUUCACUGUGUAUUCCUCUCCUUAGUUCAGUUGUCACAUUUAUUAUUGUAUUGAUUUUUGUAAUGACCGUAGAUCAUUAAUCUAAUGCUUAUGCAUGGUUGCAGUCAAUCCAUUUUGGAAUUUGAGGUAUUGGUCAGCAAAAUUUUUUUUUUUUAUUUCCUUUUAGAUUUCUUCUUGUACUUCUUCAUUUACUAUCAAUUACACAUUCAUUUUAUGUAUAUAUAUGCUUUAAUACAUUAGAAAGAAUCAUUGUUUAUUGAAUGGAAAAUUUAUUAAAACAUUCCAGGUUUGUGGGAAAAAAUAAAAGGGAUUUACUAUAUGAGAGACUAUAUACUCUCAGUUGUUUAACUGCUGAUUAACUGGUAUUUGGGUAUUAAUGGUAUUAUCUCAAAUGUUUCCAGAUUGUGAUUGCAAUAAAUGUCAUUUGUGGAUCCUAGUUUACUCUGCAGGUUUCACACUUGAGCAUUGGCACAUUAUAGUUAGUUUCAAAGAUGUAUAUUUUGUACACCAAAGAGCUGUCCUGACUCUAAAGACAUAUUUUUCCUUAUUUUAAGUUUUUGGUACUUGGCCAUCCUGAUGAUUGUUGAUAUUUAUAGAGGGAUUCACCCCACCUCUUGGAUUUUUGGGCUAUGAUAUUUUUACCACAUAAAAGUAUACAUGUACACUUGUUCAUGUCAUGCAACAUGAAAGACUUGAAAUCAUCUCUGUAUAACAUGUAUAUAAUAACUUUUCCAUGUAUAUGUUCAUUAACUACAGUUCCUGCUGCCGUUCAUUUCUAAGUGGCUCACGAGGAUUUUUAUUAUCUUUUAUCAACUCUGUUUGAGUCUAGUGUGUACUGACAGUCAUUUAAUUAAGGAUCUACCAUAUGUCAGUAAGAUAAAAUGUCACUGCUCACACCCUUUCAGUUUUAUGUGAAGGAUUUGAUUAACCUUGGAUAGGCUGAUAAAGAGCUAGCUGGAGGACCAUGAUGUGCUCUGGGACUAGAAAGGUUAACAAAUAUUUUAAUAAACUUAUUUGCAUAUUUUGUUUCAUAGGCUAAGUAUUUUGAAGUAUGGCUGUGCCAUUUACAAGAGAAAUAGACUAAAAAUGUAUAAAAUGGUUAUCAAACAACUGGAUGCUUUAUCUGCUGUGGGUGUUAAAGCUGCUGUCAUUAAAACAGGUAUGUAACUUUGUUGUCAUGGCUCUGAGCUGUUCUCGUUGCAGGAGUGAAUGGCAUAUCAUUUUUAAACAAAUGUGAGUUAUUUAAAUGCAUAAAAUUGUUUUUACUGACAUAAUUGCUAAAAUUUGCUUAGUAUACAAUAAAACUAGCUUACCAAA